AGUGCACCACCUUAACACGCUGAACAAAAACACCACCUUUGGUCUUUUCGUAACCCUAACCCCUCAAAAACCAAAACGAAAACAAAAUUGUCUCAUCGUUCAAUAUACACACACAUAACCCUUUCUUUCUUCUUCUUCUUCUUCGUCGAUGCUUCUUCUUGGUAAUUCAAAAGCUCAAACGGGGAGGGUUCCUUUGUUAACUUCUCUCUCUCUUCUUCUUCCUCUUCAUGUCUUCAAUUACCGCUUCUCCUCUUUCAGGGUCUCCAAAAACCCUACCUUUUGAUUUUCCUCCUUUCUCUAUACACAAACCUUCUCCUCUUUUUCAUUCUCUUCAAUUUACCUUAUUGCAUCUUCCUCUUCCAUCUCUUCAGCAAUAUGAGCAAUCCUAAGGUGCUACUAUUUGGCUCAUUUACUGAAGAUGAAACCAGAUCAUUGCGGGUAAAAAAGUCUUCUGCGAAAAAUGAAAAGCCCGUGGAGAAGAAUCAGCUGCAAUUUGGUUCUCUGAAUUCUGUUACUGUUGAAUCAAGCAACCUGCCAAAUUCACCGAAAGCAACAAAUAGUGCUCCUCUCCAUGAUUCUCAGAAAUUUAAAGGAGUGAACGGCGUCAGAGUGAAUUUACCUCAAGUAACAGAAACUAUAAAAGAGAAUGGCGGCAUUACUAAUUUCUCCAUCGGUCCCUCAAGUAUCACUAGUGCAAACGAAGUUAAAGAACAUAUUGUGUGUUCUGUUACACCAAUUGUUGAAAAUGGUACUGCAAACCAGUUUACAAACUUGAGCUUGGAUGCUUCUGAGGCUGAAAGUUUGAAGAAUGUAUUAAAAAAUGGUAGUGGUGGCGAUUCUUCAUCAAAGUUAUUCGAGCAAAACUUGAAAAAGGCACCUAAUGGGCAUGCUGUUAUGCAUGUUAAGGAUCUUCAGCCUCGAGGCCUUAUUAACUCUGGGAAUUUAUGCUUCCUUAGUGCAACCGUGCAGGCUCUCUUGGCUUGUUCUCCUUUUGUUCAGCUUUUACAGGAAUUAAGAACUCGUACCAUUCCUAAGGUUGGCUAUCCCACACUAAAAGCAUUUGCUGAGUUCGUAACUCAAUUUGACAUGCCAAGCGGAGUAAACUUAAAGAAGAAAGAUACAGAUUCUUUUGAGUUUGGACGGGCAUUUUGCCCUGUUAUGUUUGAAGAUGUUCUGAAAAAUUUUACUCCGGAUGUGCCAAAUAGCAUUUCAGGAAGACCAAGGCAAGAAGAUGCUCAGGAAUUUCUGAGCUUUGUAAUGGAUCAAAUGCAUGACGAAUUACUGAAGCUUGAAGGACAGUCUUCAAGUCUUAAUGGUAGCAAAUCUUUUCUAGUUUCUUCUGUGGAAGAUGAUGAAUGGGAAACAGUAGGGCCAAAGAAUAAAUCUGCUGUUACAAGGACUCAAAGCUUUAUUCCCUCAGAAUUAAAUGGUAUUUUCGGAGGACAACUCCAAAGUUUGGUGAUAACUAAAGGAAAUAGAUCUGCCACUAAUCAACCAUACCGCUUGAUCCAUCUCGACAUUCACCCUGAUGCUGUUCACACCAUUGAGGAUGCCCUGCACCUGUUUUCUGCUCCAGAAACUCUUGAAGGUUACCGAGCAUCGGUCUCUGGAAAGGCGGGGACUGCAAAAAAAUCUAUUAAGAUAAAGACACUUCCUAAAGUAAUGAUAUUGCACCUAAUGCGUUUUGGUUAUGGAAGCCAGGGAAGCACCAAGUUGCUUAAGCCCGUGCACUUUCCUCUUGAAUUGGUAUUGGGUCGUGACCUGCUUGUUUCACCAUCUACUGAGGGUCGAAAAUAUGAACUUGUUGCUACAAUUACUCAUCAUGGAAGGGAGCCUUCAAAAGGGCAUUACACAGCUGAUGCCCAGUACCCUAAUGGUCGGUGGCUGCGAUUUGAUGACGCAUCUGUCUUUGCUAUUGCAACAAAUAAGGUGCUGCAUGAUCAGGCCUAUGUUCUUUUCUACAAACAGAUAUAAGCAUAUACAUAUUACCCUGUUGAUAUCUACUCCCUUUUGCACUUGGAGAAAAACUAUCUUGUAAGAUAGGGUUGACAGUUGAUUAAUGUUUUGCCUGGAGAAGAUGCGAGUGAUUGUUCAUUAAGGUGAUAUCAUAUAUGUUUGUUCCAAUCUAGAGUGUGUGAUAAGAGUAAUUGUUGUAACAUUCUUUUCCUCCUUGUUAUCUAGACCAUGAAAAGUUUUGCAGUCCUAGUUUAGGACGUGAACAUGUGAUCAUCUUACAGUUAAAAGCGUGUGAGAAAUGCAGCUUAUUGUAAAGUUUCACUAGUCGAAAGAAAUUGGGAUUUAAAUUAUGAUUAUAAAGCUUCACCUUUGAUGUGUUGAUUGUUGAUUUUGUA